GAAGGAAAAGGAAGGGCCACAAAAAUAAUUACUUGUGGAGAUACAUCAAUGGCAACGACGUCCAUGAUGACAGAGCCUGUGUCGACUGUGACAGAGACUGACUUUGUAGUCGACUGUCCUGCGUGUAAAGCGACUGUGGUGAAGCCUCGUGCUGCUUCGUUUGUUUGCGGGAAUUGUGGCGCCCCGCUACGGCCAUCAUCCACGCCAGGAUCUCAGGAUUUGUCUGUCGUGAACAAAUUUUCAGAUGUCGAGGAAUGGGGAUACAGGCUGCCUACAUGUGCAGAGGAACACAAUCAGGCAACACAGCAGGCAAAUACAGGAGGAUCUCAGAAGUUUGAUGUCCAUGGCCAUCCCAGAAGGUCAGGUGGUGAUGAGCAGCCAUUCAGUGUUAAACAAGACCCACAUGCUGCCUUGCCUGAGUGGCUGAAAUCUUACCUGACGGUUUCAGAUGAAGCACCUAUCAGCAAGGCAGGUGACAACCCUGCUAGACGAGCUGGUAUUGGGAGCGGAAGUGGUCUUCAAAGGGAUGUAAUGCCAGUAGAUGGACCUGCUGGUGAGCCAGCACACACUGGUAUCCCUGGGCCCUUGCUGCACCAGUCGGCGCUUCCCCUUGCAGGAGAUAUGGGUACACCUCAAAAACCGGCAGGGGCAGAGUGUGCCAACAGCAUAUCUCGGCUGACCCCACCACCAGCACUGCGAUUGCCUCCGUCUUUUCUGGCUAACAGAGGGGAUUCAGAGGGAAAGCUUCCAGAUCGAGCUGCAGUUCAGGACAAGCCAGGGCAUGAAAAUGUGGAACGAGUAACCAGGGAAAAGAGAGGGCAUGAAAAUGUGGAUGGAGUAACCAAUGAGUCAAUCCAGUCAGGAUUUCCAUCAGAGUCAUCAUUGGACAAGGCGGAACAGAGACCUAAGUCUGAAAGACAGCGUGUGUGCAGGCCGGAAUCUGGAAGUCUCCUGCCAAAGACGGUGCAGUGUGAAAAUUGCCGAAAGACUCUGCAAGUGCCUCAACAUGUCCCAUUGGACAGAAAAGGGCGGCGGAGGAUCAAGUGUGGUGCUUGCUUCCGUGUGCAGGAGGUGCGGGGGAUUGUUGAUUCCACAAAGUCGCAACAGCCUACAGUCCCGCUUCCACCUCCAGCUCCCCUUGCACCUCAAGCUCGUUCUGAACCACCUGCAAUGCCAGCCCUUCCUCUGCACGCUCCUGUUGUCUCCCCUGUCCAAGUAUCCCCACUGGCUCCUUGUCGAUCUUCUCCUUCUGCACCUGCUCUGCUUUCUUGCCCGAGUCCGGAAAAGGUUAUGAUGCCUCCUCCUGUGCCUUUCGAUUAUGCUCGUCCAGCGCCUCCUGCUGCUGACAAUGCACUUCGUCAAGUUCAUUCUGACAUUCGGAAAGAGCAUCCAAACCCACCCCCAAUACCUACCACUAUCCCAGUCCCAAUCCCAGCUGCAGCCCCAGCCCCAGCCCCGGCCCCAGCAGCCCCAGCCCCAGCCCCAGCCCCAGCCCCAGCCCCAGUACAACCCUCGUUGUCACCUGCAAUGAAGAAACAUAACCCUAAGCAUAAGCCAAAGUGGUUGAACUUCUUCAAGGCACCCCAGCGACACACGCAAGCAGCAUACCAGAGGCGGGUCGUGGUGAACGGGGCACUGAUCCCCGACUCUGAUGUCGAGAGCGCGGAGGCUGUGGCUGGGUCUAUCUACCCGGGCUACUACUGGUAUGACACUUACGCUGGCUUCUGGGGAGUGAUGGGAGGGCCUUGCCUGGGGAUGAUACCGCCUAAUGUAUCAGAAUUUUCAUCAGGUGACAUGCUGCCACAUGUGUCCUCAGGUGACACAGGGGUGAUUGUAAAUGGAAGAGAGCUUCACCGUGAUGACCUUGCAAAACUGAAAUCAAGAGGACUUCCGUCAACUCCUGGGAAGAGCUAUAUAAUUGACAAUCUGGGGAACGUUUGGGAUGGUUUGACACACAACCAGCUGAAAGGGCUAGGCAAGUUGGCUCCCAGCCUCGAGCGGGAAGGGAGAGGGAAGGGCAUGUUUGUCCCUGAGGGAGUGACAGUGCCAGACGCUUUUAAGAAGAUACCUGCAAGAGUGUUUCCUGACAAUUUGAGAUGUGGUAUCGGUGCAUACUCUCGUUGCAUCGGUGCUUGGAAUGCUGAAGAGGAAGUGGCUGAGGUGGGAGUCUGGGGGAACACUUGGAAUGUCGAAGAGGAAGUGGCUGAGGUGGGAGCGUCAAGGUACGGACGUGCUGAAGACAAAGCUGGAGCGAUGGCAUCGCAGGUAAGUCUCAGGAAGAGGAAGCCCGACGGAGGCAGGAAGCCAAGACUGCAGCUCAACAGAAGCGGCAGAAGUGGCAGCGAGGAGGAUGCAUGUGCUCUCUGCGAGGAAACAUGUGACAAACUCCGCAAGGACGGAGCUUGGUUGACCAAACGGCUUGCAGCCCGACACUUCCAGCCCUUUGCGGAGCAGGUGGACCCCACGGAGCAGGCGAACCCCACAGAGGACGAGAAGAACAAGGAGUUCGUCGCCAAGAUGAUCCUUAGGUUGAUGUACACCUGCAAUCAGCAGCAGGGCGAAAUCAGCAACCUGUCCAAGGCUGUCCACACCCUUCAAGACCAGCUCGAUGACACACGAAUGGUUGACUUGGAGCAAGGUGCCGCACCGGGAACACCUGCUUCUCAACCAGGUACCAGCGCCUCCUUCGUAGCCACCAAUCGUGAGUUGGAGGAACACAUUGACCAUGUGGCAGCCACGAUCGGUGAUGUCAACACGUUCAUAGCCCCUGCGACGAUCAUCCAGCAGCUCAUUUCGUUGAAGACCGACAUCCGCCAAUUGCAGCAGCAGCCAGCAAGCAGCAGCAGCAGAGGCACCACGCCACGUUUGUACAAGAUGCCGGCCUUUCGGAUUGAGAAGUUCGACGACUACCACCAGCAAGACUUCGUACCCUGGUGGCAGACAUUUACGAUGGAGAAGAGGGGAUGCCAAACAUGGUUGAACCACAUCGCGACAACCGCAGGAGUCUUCAUUGCAAAUCUACACACCAAGGUUACGUGGGAAGCCUUGAAGACAGAAUGGAAGAAACGGUUCAUCGUCGACGACGCUCCAAUUCACGGCGCCAACCGCACCCUCAACAUAACUCAAGGCAAAAUGCCUACGUGUGAUUGGAUCACCGAAUGGCAGAAUAUUGUGGCCACACCCAACUUGAAUAUGCCCUUCUCUCACCUUCGGCUCGAGUUCUACAACCGUGCGUGUGAAGUCUGGAGCCAAGUACUUGGUGACCACACGAAUUACCUUACCUUUGAAGCAAUCAUCGACAAGGCUCACAAGGUCAUCCAGACGAAUCGGUCGGCAGCAAACGAAAAAUCGUCGCCGCAGCCGCAUUAUGUGGAGAAAGGCAAGACUGGCCAAAGAGCGCAGAACGUGGCUGCAGUCAAAGUUGUUGGACAAGUCGAAGACCCGGCCACCACUCAAGUAUCAAGUGGAGGAGAUGUAGUGGCCAUCGUCCUGCCGCAAAGCAAAACCAAUUUUGGUCAACACGACGGCGAGGAUUGGCAUCCGGUUGAGUACUUCAGCCAAAAGGUAGUUCAAGUCUCAACAGGUGGGGAGGUCAAGGCAGGGUCAAGAGUGACAAUGGUCUCGACAGGCCCUGCGGGUCUGAAGGAAGAAUACUGGGGAAGAAAACCAAUGACUGUUCAGCGGUGGCUGAUUGGCUGCAUUGCAUGUGGAGCACAGUGAUGAAGCAACCUCAUGUAUAUACAUAUACAAACAUACGGGAGUCACUCACCCCUGUGUGCUCAGGCUUGUGUGAUCAACCAUACACGUGUGCAACAGUGUGAUCACUCAUACACAAGCGUGCUUACUGGUAGUUGCAUCUCAACGAAUCUUGCAGAAGCUUAAACGCUUGAGAGUGAAACUAUACGCUAGGGCAGAAAACCAACAACUCUAAUACUGAGGUGGCUAAUUGGUAGUUGCAUCACAAACCAUUUGAGUGGAUAUAGAGACUCGAAAGCAUUCAAUUCCAAUACAAAGGCGAGAGACUCAAGGUACGUCGCGUCAGUAUCAAAGAAGAGCGCCAUUGGAAGUAGCAGGAGAAGCAAGGAUGCAUGCUCUGGGUCAUGUGACUGACUGAGCUAGGGUGUGUAGAGACGUAUCAGCAUCUUGCUGAACAGCACAUGCAUUAGUAUAUAAAUCUGCUUCCAGCAGUCAUUUCCUACAGGUUUGCACAGUCUGCUGAGGUCUUAGCUGUCGCAUCAUAAUAUACAGUAUGUCUACCCCUAGCUCACAAAGUGUUUGGCUGUUUCACAGUAGCUUCCAUGGUUUUCGACUCAUACAUCCAAUCAGUAACAAUUGCCCAUCAUCACGUACAAGCUUGUUGCAAUGGUAGGCACCUAUCUCUUUCAUUCUUCUUGUACAUUCCUUGAGUUAUGCCAACUCUUGUAACGCUUUAUCUAUAUGUAUAGCAUACAUAUUGCGGCCAGAUUUAGAGAGUGCAUGAGGGAGCAGCUACAGGCAGCGGUGGCAACCAUAGAUUGCUCGGGGUACUUCUGCAUCCUUUUGACUGGCAAGCCUUCUACAUGAAAGGAUGAAACCUGGAGAAGCAGAGGCUCCGCUAUUGCAUGUCUCGUUUCCGUCUUUGUUCAUGCUGUGUGCGAUAUUGGCAGAACCUUAACGAAAUCCAUUUGGUUCUUACCAUUAGCACACCACCGUGCCUUCAACAGAAACAUGGUGUGGCAUGCUGCUGCACUGCUGGCUCAUGGAUCGGGCGACAUCAGAUUGCGAGGCGAAAAGCAGCAAGUCUUCCCCUGUUUUGGCAAAAGUUUUCCUGGUAUGAAAUGGUUUCUGCCUUGUUUGGCGUGGUGGUCCCUGGUGGAGCAAAAACAAUUGCCACGUGGUGCUUUUUGGAUCAUGGCACAGAAAGUGCUGAUGCAUCAGAUUUGGCAGUGGUAAUUCCCCUCAGAAAAUAACCUGGAGUCGUCCUCACUCAGAGAUCAACCUCGAGUAAUCGCUUUCUUGUUCAAGAAUCUAUCAAUAUACAACUGUGUUUGGUCAUUUUAGCGGACGACAUCCCUUGUAGCAGUCUCCUUCUUUCUUUCCUUCUUUAUCAUGGCAGUGAGCAGGCUGCUGUAGGUUUUGCCGCACUAGUGUUUCAUGGAAUAACCUCUUUUGAUUUUCAAGCUCUUGUUUUGGUGGUCAUUCAUCAUCAGUUUUUUUCCCUGCCAUAACGUGUUUCCUGAGGCAGUCGGCUAAGUUAUGGUUCCCCACCUCUGUGCACACGUUCGAACAGGAGGCUGAUCAGGGAACAGGACUGUUCACAGCGUAGAAUUGUGAAUGGGUGGAACACUUAUUGGGUGAAUCAGUACUGCAGAUGUAGGGAAUAUCUGGGGAAGGCGCAUUUGCUGGAAAUCACGGAAUUCUUCUGAGUGUAACAGUCAACUUGUCCCCCCUGCUGCCGCAUGACAAUGAGGUGAGCAGUUCCGAAGUCGGUAGCAAGCUGUCUGUACUAGUGACCCUAGUUUCUACACUUCCAAGUCAACUUGUCCCCCUUGCUGGCGCAUGACAUUGAGGUGAGCAGUUUCAAAGUCGGUAGCAAGCUGUCUGUACUAGUGACCUAGUUUCUACGGUUGCAAGUCAACUUGUCCCCCCCUUGCUGGUGCAUGACAUUGAGGCGGGCAGUUUCAAAGUUGGUAGCAAGCUGUCUGUACUAGUGACCCUAGUUUCCGCAGUCGCAGCGGCUUUAGUAUUAUGGUGAGGACUUGCUGCAGUGUAUAUAUGAGCAACUUUUGUAUGGUCAGAGGCAGGGGCAGAGAUUGUGGAUGUGAAAGGCUUCGAAAUGCUCAGAGGCAGCAGCUGUGUCGACGACUGAUCUAGGUGGUAGAAGACUUCUGCGAGGAACUGGUCGCGUUUAGAACAAUUGGAGCAGCGUCUGGGCCCGUAGGCUGUAGUACUAUCAGUCGGAAGCAGCAUCUGAGGUGCAUGUGCGCGAAUCUCUAGUAUCGUCAGAGGCAGGGGCGGAGAUGUAGAUGUGCGGGGCUUUGGUGUUGUCAAAGGCAGCUUUUAAAUGGGUGGAAGAAUUCUGUGAGGAAGUAGCCAAUUUGAAACCGGUGAUGGGACAGAGAGUUCUAGCUGCUUUGUUCCAAGCCUCUCUGAGACAGCAGGGAUGCAGUAAUAGUUCUUCACUGCUGCUGGAAUGCAUCUGCCUCAGUACUGGUUAGAGGAAGAGGUUAGUAUGUAGCUCGGAAAGGCCCAAGCCGCUGAGAUGUAGGUGUGUGAGAGGCAUUAGUGUGGCCUGAGAAAGCAGCUGAGACUUAACAUCUGCCCUGUAGAUGACAAGUGUUGACUGUGUCAUUGCUACCGUGAUUUGUGUUAGAAUAAAUUGCUUCGCUUUGCAGAAGAGUCCACAUUGCAAAGCUUUACUUGGGAUUCAAAUUUUGUAUCGACAUAGCACUUGUCCUGCUUUCCCUCUCAGUGCCUGGUUGCUGGUUCAAAUAGUCAGUUCAAUGACCCAUGGUCCUGCUCCUGCUACUGGCUCAGCUCUGCCAAUGCGAACAGCCAGUUCCCUGAACCAUAGACUCAUGGAGCAGCAUGUGAACAUCUGUAGUCAUCGAUGUGCCAUUCUUUCUGCCGCAAAUAACUCCAAUGUUGUCUUCAGCGCCCGCGUUUUCAAUUCUGUCAUGCCCAACCAAAUGUGCAGUGGGUCAAUGGCUUGCACUCAGUCGCAUAGGAUAUUGCUUCAUAGCCUAUUAGCCAUUCUUCCUUUGCCUUUGAAUCUUCAAGUGACUGUUGGAGUCGUCGAUUCAUUACAUGCUGGGGUGUUCUGCAGAGGAUUGGUUUUCGGUCUUCUGCUGCAGGUGAGUGACCAGUGCUGCUGACCAAUUGGUGGAUUGUGCUAAAAUGAAGCCGAGGGUUCUUUCUUAUGCCUCUUUUGUUGUAUCAAAAGGCUAUGACAAGUACGCAAUUUACUUUCUUUUCUGAUGCGCAAUCUGAAAACUGCAGUUAUAGUGCGAACACGAGAAUGAUGAGAUUGUUCAGUCUCUGUGAGAUUUUCCUUGAAUCAGGGUUUGUGAAUAUGAGGCUUGGACCCAGUGGAUAGAGGAGUGUGUAUCAUGGAAACUAGUGAGUCUGCUUGGUACGCAAUAGGAGGGAGUGUGAGGAGGACAUGUUGCAUCCUUUUGCCUCCUCUGCAAGGCUGUGUCCUAUGAACAAGUGACAUUGUUGCAUUUCUGCCGUCUUGUUGCUUGCCCUCCUUUGGUCGCUCUUUCGGGUGAGUCCAUGAUGGCCUUCUCUGAUCCUCCGUGUUCGUGGCCCUCAAAUGCAUGGCAGAGGUAGAGGUACUGAGUCUGCGAAGGACUUAGAAUUUGAACCUGUUGCAUGUGCAAAAAUACCAGCUACGCGGAUGUGCCAGAAGUUGUUCAUGGUUGUGUGAAUGAUUCUCAUAGCCAUCACAAUCC